AAAGCAAAGCAAAGGAAAGGAAAUUGCUCAUUCUCAUUUGGUGUUAACUGUUUAACCCAAAACGGAGAAGUUGUAGUCUUCCUCAAGCUUUCUCUACAGUAAUCGAACACUAUCAUAUAGAAAUUGUGAGAAAGAAAGAAAUAAAUAGAUCUAAUACUAGUGAGAGAGUUGCAUAGAUAAGUGUCUGUGACUCUUGCUUCACAGGUGAGCCAAGUUUUCUAGAGAGCAAGGGAGAAAGUAAAUUGAGGAUAGCAACCAAAAUUAGAAAGAUGCACGCAAAGACAGAUUCAGAAGUUACUAGUUUAGCAGCUUCAUCACCAGGAAGAUCAUCACCAAGAAGACCAGUUUACUAUGUACAGAGUCCAUCAAGAGAUUCACACGAUGGAGAAAAAACUACAACCUCAUUCCAUUCAACACCAGUUCUUAGUCCAAUGGGUUCACCUCCACAUUCUCAUUCAUCUGUUGGUCAUCAUUCUCGUGAAUCUUCUUCGAGUAGAUUCUCUGGAUCUUUAAAACCUGGUUCUCGAUCUAAAAAUGACCGUGGAACAAGAAAAGGUGGUCAAAAACCAUGGAAUAAUAAAGGGGAUUGUGAUGUUAUUGAAGAAGAAGGAUUGCUCGAUGAAGAAGAUGCUCAUAAAUCUCUUCCUCGUCGUUGUUAUGUUCUUGCCUUUGUUGUUGGUUUCUUCGUUCUUUUCUCUUUCUUCUCUUUGAUUCUCUAUGGUGCUAGUCGUCCUCAGAAACCUGUUAUCACCAUGAAGAGCAUAAAAUUCGAGCAUUUGUUGAUUCAAGCUGGAUCAGAUUCAACAGGAGUAGCAACAGAAAUGGUUUCCAUGAAUUCCUCUGUAAAACUCUUAUUUCGUAAUACUGCAACAUUUUUUGGAGUUCAUGUUACUUCAUCUCCUCUUCAACUGUCCUACUCUGACCUCAACCUUGCCAGUGGCUCUAUGAAGAAAUUUUAUCAAUCAAGGAAGAGUCAAAGAACACUAACAGUUGUGGUUCAAGGAAACAAGAUUCCAUUAUAUGGUGGUGGAGCAACAUUGAGCACUUCAACUGGAACUACCAAUUUACCAAUGGCAAUGGAAUUGAGUUUCAAUAUUAGAUCUAGGGCUUAUGUUUUGGGAAAAAUAGUUAAACCUAAGUUUUAUAAAUCAGUUAAUUGUUCUAUUGUUUUUGAUCCAAAGAAACUCAAUGUUGCAAUCCCACUCAAGAACUGCACCUACACCAGUUAAAUCAUACACCAGGGAGUAAAGACUGAGAAACUGAUAACACUGAGGGUGGAUAUUGGAAUAUAGAGAAAUGAGAAGGUCUCGUAAUUUACUUUUAAAUUAAAUGAAGUGGAAAACUGGAAACAGCUAGAUGGGCAACCAGGGCAGGGACUACUGUGACGCGGGAAUUAGUUGCCCGGAUGCCCGAGAGGGACAGGUUGGGAUUUCGGUGGGGGUGACUUUUUUUUGUUUUUGUUUUGUUGAAAUUUAUUACUGUAGAUUAUAUUUUAUUUAUUUUAUGAUUGUUUAAAUUAAAUAAAGAUUUUGAAGACUUUACUUUUUUUU